AGCCGUAGGGCUGCAGUGACCACUCACUACCCGUCGUGCCCUGGGUUCUUGGGCUGGUGGUUUCAAGAGCUCCCCGGUUUCCAAACCGAGUUACUGUUGCUCUGACAUGGAGGAGGAGCUGGUCCUCUACAGCCUACUCCCCCCUCUGCUUCUCCAGCUUCUUUCAGCCUUGCCUAAGCAGGCUUGCUUGGCAAGCUGGGACAUGUCUGGUCCCCGAGGACCUUCCAUGGGUGAUGGCUGCAGUGUUGGAGGGGCAGAAGCCAGAGGAAACUGCAGCUGCUGCAGAGGAUGCUGCAAGACCCACAGUGCAGGCUGUGGAUUCCAGGCUCGGAGGAGCACCUUUUCUCCUGGCUGGGAACAAGUUGAACUUGGACUUACACCCAGGGGGCUGCCAUCGGCUGCAGUACCUGUGUUCCCAGCAGUCCCCACAGUUGCUGCAAGUGGAGUUUUUGCGGCUCAGCACCCACGAGGACCCUCAAUUGUUAGAUGACACCCUAGCCAAGGUUCCGUGGAGUCUCUUGCGCCUUCGCUCCCUGGUCCUCAAAGGUGGCCAGAGCAGGGGUGCCCUGGGUGCCUGCCUCCAUGGUACCCUGACCACUCUGCCUGCCGGCCUGAGUGACUUGGCCUGCCUGGCCCACCUAGACCUGAGCUUCAACAGGCUGGAGACACUGCCGAGCUGUGUCCUGGAACUGCGCAGUCUGGAUGCAUUGCUGCUUUCUCACAACUGUCUCUCAGAGCUGCCAGAGGCCUUGGGGGCACUGCCCACUCUCACCUUCCUCACUGUGACACACAACCGCCUAGAAAGACUGCCCCCAACUCUGGGGUCCCUGUCCACCCUUCAGCGUCUUGACCUCUCUGAGAACCUUCUAGACUCCGUACCCUCUGAGAUUGGAGACCUGAGCAGUCUCCGUGAGCUCAAUCUGGCCUCCAACCGGCUGCAAAAUCUCCCAGCUUCCCUUGCGGGGCUGCGGUCCCUGCAGCUCCUUGUUCUACACAGCAACCUCCUGACCUCGGUGCCCACUGGCUUGGCCCGCCUGCCACUGAUCACCCGACUUGACCUGAGGGACAACCAGCUCCGAGACCUGCCUGCUGAGCUACUAGACGCUCCCUUUGUGCGACUGCAGGGGAAUCCUCUGGGUGAGGCCUCUCCAGCGCCUCCAAGUCCCCCAGGUAUAUCCCAGAUUCCAGAAAUGCCCAGGCUAUUCCUGACCUCAGAUUUGGACAGCUUCCUUGUGACUCCCCAUGGCUGUUCUGUGACCCUGGCCUGUGGUGCCCGCCUACAGUUUCCAGCAGGAGCCACCACCACGCCCAUCACCAUCCACUAUCGAUUGUGGUUGCCCGAGCCAGGCCUGGUCUCUCUGGGACCUCAUGACUUCCUGCUUAGUGGUGUCCUGGAGCUGCAGCCUCAUGGGGUGGCUUUCCAGCAGGAUGUGAGCUUAUGGCUGCUCUUUGUCCCUCCACGAGUCCGUCGCUGUCGUGAGGUAGUUGUGAGGACUCGGAGUGACAACAUCUGGAAUGAUCUAGAGACCCAUCUGGAGGAAGAGGCACCCAAGAGGCUCUGGGCUCGCUGCCAGGUCCCCCACUUCUCCUGGUUCCUGGUCGUAUUACGCCCAGUAUCCAACACUUGCCUGUUGCCACCAGAGGGAGCACUUCUGUGUUCCUCAGGUCAUCCUGGGGUCAAAGUCACUUUUCCCCCUGGGGUCACAGAAGAGCCUCGGCAAGUCUCCAUGCAGGUAGUGCAUAUGGCCGGACUAGAGCUGAGAGCCCUUCUGGAAGAAUCCGAGGCAUCAGUAAGCCCCCUGCUGUGCCUUUCACAGAGCGGCCCCCCCAGCUUCCUACACCCUGUCACUGUGCAGCUGCCCUUGCCUCCUGGUGUUACAGGCUUCAGUCUAAACCGUUCCCACCUACAUCUGCUCCACCGAACACCCCUGACAACCACCUGGGAUGACAUCACCACUCAGGUGGCACUGGAAUUCACCCACCUAUAUGCACGCUUCCAGGUCACACACUUUUCCUGGUACUGGCUCUGGUAUACCACCAAAACCUGUGUGGGGGGCCUGGCCCGGAAGGCCUGGGAACGGCUGCGCCUGCACCGUGUGAACCUCAUUGCGCUGCAGAGGCGUCGAGACCCUGAGCAGGUCCUACUGCAGUGCCUGCCCCGGAGCAAGGUAGAUGCCACCUUGAGUCGGCUGCUGGAUCGCUACCGUGGCCCUGAACCCUCUGAGACUGUGGAGAUGUUUGAGGGUGAGAAGUUCUUUGCAGCCUUUGAGCGGGGCAUUGAUGUAGAUGCUGACCGUCCAGACUGUGUGGAUGGCAGAAUCUGCUUUGUCUUCUAUUCACACCUGAAGAAUGUAAAGGAGGUUUACAUUACCACAACCUUGGACCGGGAAGCUCAGGAUGUUCGAGGACAGGUGUCCUUUUAUCGGGGUUCACUUCCCGUGGAGGUGCCUGAAGAGGCUGAGGCUGCCCGGCAGAAGAAGGGCACAGACGCAUUGUGGAUGGCCACCUUGCCCAUCAAGUUACCGAGACUCCGGGGGGCCCAGGGCAGUGGCCAGGGGACUGACUUCUCCUUGAUGCCUCUGAACCUGGGUGAUGCGGAAACUGGAUUUCUGACGCAGAGCAACCUGCUGAGUGUGGCCUCACGUCUCGGUCCUGACUGGCCAGCCGUGGCCCUGCACCUAGGCAUGCCCUACCGUGAACUACAGCGUAUCCGGCAUGAAUUCAGGGAUGACCUGGAUGGACAGAUCCGCCACAUGCUCUUCUCUUGGGCUGAGCGCCAGACUGGACAGCCUGGAGCUGUGGGACACCUGGUACAGGCCUUGGAACAGAGUGACCGGCAGGAUGUAGCUGAAGAGGUGCGUGCCAUCUUGGAGCUUGGCCGCCACAAGUACCAGGACAGCAUUCGGCGCACAGGGCUGGCCCCUGAGGAUUCCACUCUGCCUGGCACCUCGACUUCACAGACUCCAGAGUCUGCAUAGGCCUAGGCUUACAGACUUAAGAUAGCCUUAAACUUGACUUGGCCAGUGGGCAGAGCCCUAUCCUUCUACCUCACCUGUGUGGUACAGUGCCCCAGCAUACAAAACCCCCUCACUGUCUAGCCCAGGCUAGCCUCCAACUUGCAGAGAGUGCACCUCAGAGAUUGUUUUACUUAAAGGAUAGAGAGCAGGUUACCUAAGUGAUCUGAAGCCUAGUCCCUGUGUAUGUCCAUACUUGCUACCAUGCCAGGCCCUCCUGCUAAGAUGGGGCAGAGAAGGCCUGGAGAGAUGACUCAACAACACUGGCCGCUCCUUCAGGGAACCCAUUUUCAGUUUCCACUACCUACCUGAUGGCUCAUGCCAGUCUGUAACUACAGUUCCGAAGGAUCAACACCUUUCUCUGGCCUCUAUAAGAUACCAGACAUGCAUGCAGGCAA